AACCAAUCACAAACCGACACGCCAAGAACACUAAUAAUAGAAAAACGCAUCUACAGGCUGUCAGUGAUCAUAUCGAAAGCAAAGCAGAAAAGAAGGAAGUCAAAGUGAGAAAGAAGCGGUUAUUAUCCAUAUUUACUAUAUUCUUGAACAUUAUUAACGCCCAGUAAGUUAUUUUAAAACUCUGCUCUGUGGAUUGAAGUGGUGACAAUGGAAAAGCAUUUUACCCUCUGCUUGUUUGCGGUGCUGAUGAUCAGCACUUGUGUUGUUCAAUCAAAGGAGGAAUCAGAAGAAUCUGACAAAAAGAAAUCUGAUGUUGGAACAGUUAUUGGUAUUGAUUUAGGAACAACAUAUUCCUGUGUUGGUGUGUUUAAAAAUGGUCGUGUUGAUAUUAUUGCCAAUGAUCAGGGUAAUCGUAUCACACCCUCCUAUGUAGCCUUCACCUCUGAUGGUGAACGUUUGAUUGGUGAUGCUGCCAAAAACCAGCUUACAUCUAACCCAGAGAAUACAGUAUUUGAUGUGAAACGUUUUAUUGGACGUUCCUGGGAAGACAAAUCUGUACAACAUGACAUAAAAUAUUAUCCAUUUAAGGUUGUUAACAAAAACAGCAAACCAUACGUUGUUGUAGAUACUUCUGAAGGAGAAAAAACAUUUGCACCAGAAGAAAUUUCAGCUAUGGUUUUAGGAAAAAUGAGGGACAUUGCUGAAGAGUAUUUAGGGAAGAAAAUCACUAAUGCAGUUGUGACAGUGCCAGCCUAUUUCAAUGAUGCUCAGAGACAGGCCACUAAGGAUGCUGGAACUAUUGCAGGUCUCAAUGUGAUGAGAAUCAUUAAUGAGCCAACUGCUGCUGCUAUUGCUUAUGGUCUUGAUAAGAAGGAUGGUGAAAAGAAUAUUCUGGUUUUCGAUCUUGGUGGUGGAACCUUUGAUGUUUCUCUACUCACAAUUGAUAAUGGUGUUUUUGAAGUAGUAUCCACCAAUGGUGACACUCAUCUAGGUGGAGAAGAUUUUGACCAGAGAGUAAUGGAGCAUUUUAUUAAACUUUACAAGAAAAAGAAGGGUGUGGACAUUAAGAAGGACAAUCGUGCAGUUCAGAAACUUCGACGUGAAGUUGAAAAGGCCAAACGUGCUUUAUCUUCUACUCACAGUGUUCGUUUGGAGAUUGAAUCUUUCUUUAAUGGUGAAGACUUCUCUGAGACUCUCACUCGUGCUAAAUUUGAAGAACUGAACAUGGACUUGUUCCGGUCCACAAUGAAACCAGUAAAACAAGUGUUGGAAGAUGCAGAUCUCAAGACAGAUGAUAUUGAUGAAAUUGUGUUGGUUGGUGGCUCAACCCGUAUUCCUAAAGUCCAACAGCUAGUUAAGGAGUUUUUUAAUGGCAAGGAACCAAGCAGAGGCAUUAAUCCAGAUGAAGCUGUUGCUUAUGGUGCAGCUGUCCAAGCUGGUGUUUUGAGUGGGGAAGAAGAUACUGGAGAUCUUGUGCUGCUUGAUGUUAAUCCUCUUACAAUGGGUAUUGAGACUGUUGGUGGUGUCAUGACAAAGCUUAUUCCAAGAAAUACUGUCAUUCCAACUAAGAAGUCACAGAUUUUCUCUACAGCGGCCGAUAAUCAACCAACUGUAACUAUUCAGGUUUAUGAGGGAGAGCGUUCAAUGACAAAGGACAAUCAUUUGUUGGGCAAGUUUGACUUGACAGGCAUUCCUCCUGCUCCACGUGGAGUUCCCCAGAUUGAAGUAACUUUUGAAAUUGAUGUCAACGGCAUUCUCAAAGUAACUGCUGAAGACAAAGGCACUGGAAGUAAAAACCAAAUUGUUAUCCAGAAUGAUCAAAACAGAUUGUCGCCUGAGGAUAUUGAGCGUAUGAUCAAUGAUGCUGAGAAAUAUGCAGAUGAUGAUAAGAAGGUUAAAGAAAAGGUUGAUGCCAAGAAUGAGCUUGAAAGUUACGCCUAUUCUCUUAAAAAUCAGAUAAAUGAUAAAGAAAAAUUGGGAGCAAAGUUGAGUGAUGGUGAUAAAGAGAAAAUCACAGAGGCUGUUGAUGAAACUAUCAAGUGGUUAGAAAGUAAUGCUGAAGCUGAUGCAGAGGAAUUUAAAGAAAAGAAAACUGAAUUGGAAGGCAUUGUUCAACCCAUUAUGACAAAACUAUAUGAACAGACUGGUGGAUCACCACCACCACAAAGUGAAGACCCUGAAGAAAAAGAUGAGUUAUGAGAGCUGAGUGCAUUUAGUAUUUUAAAACUGCUAUUUAUACAAUAUCCAACAAUUAAGAUGUUUCGCAGUUCUUAUUGAAAAUUAUUUUAUAUUCAGUGAAACUUAAGUGCAGGGCGUACAUUUUUUACAGGUUCAAGUUGUAUUGUAAAAAAAAAACCAACGGAAUGUCAUUGUGAAUGUCUUGUUUAAGUGAAUUUUAAUAGAUCUGUAUGAUACUGCUGCUGUUAUUACACAAAGUAUGUAUUGGUACUAAAUGACUAUUUGCCCCUGUUAUCAUGUGAUUAUUUUCCUUUUAUCAAGGAGAAUUAUUAAUGGCUUUAGUGGACCAUGUGUGCAUGGUAUCAGUGUGACUGAUUUAUUGAAUUUAACAUUGCAGUGAACACUAUCUUUAUAUCUGAUACCCAUUUUUAAAAGUAUGACUUUCCUCUGUGAGGCUUAAUUAUCUAGAUUAAUUGAUAAUGUUCAUUACAAAUAUCGAUGCUAAUUGUGAUGAGAAUGUUUUUGAGAACAAGGUGUUCUGUGUAUUAUACUCAAUUUUUUGAAAACUCAGAAAGUGGUGUAGCUGUGUCUGAUGUGUAAUUUUGUUGCUAAAUGUUUUUUUCUUUUGCUAUCAUCAUCAAAAUUCAUUUUUUUGAAGAUUCACUAUUUAUCUUUGUCAUUCCUGACAUGUUUGCAUCCACUGUUAUGAGGAUCAUUUUGAAUAAACGUUGAAUUCUGAACAAA